AACGACCCAUCAAAGUUGGCCUUCUUGUCAUCGGCAACUCACAGACCUGCAAAACCCAAAACCCACUUCCCAACCCUUUCCUCUCCUUCUUCCCUCCGUCCUUACAGAAAUAAUGUCGGUAAUGAUAGUGACGAGUUUGGGGGAGAUGGUACUGGACUUGUUUACAGAUCGCUGCCCUUUGACAUGCAAGAAUUUUUUGAAAUUGUGCAAGAUUAAGUAUUACAAUGGCUGCCUGUUUCACACGGUUCAGAAGGAUUUCACUGCGCAGACUGGAGAUCCCACUGGAACAGGGUCGGGGGGUGAUUCAGUUUUUGGAGAGAUUGCAGAAGGGCUGGACACAUUGAAUAGGAUAAAUGAAGCUUAUGUGGAUGAGAAGGGCAGGCCAUUUAAAAAUAUCCGAAUCAAACACACUUACAUAUUGGACGAUCCUUUCGACGAUCCUGCCCAGCUAAGCGACUUGAUUCCAGAUGCCUCACCUGAAGGGAAGCCAAAAGAUGAGGUUGAAGAUGAUGUGCGACUAGAAGAUGAUUGGGUGCCAAUGGAUGAGCAACUGGGUAUACAAGAACUCGAGGAGGUUCUGCAUGCAAAAGAAGCACAUUCCCGAGCAGUAGUACUUGAAAGUGUAGGAGACAUUCCUGAUGCUGAGAUAAAGCCUCCUGACAAUGUGCUGUUUGUUUGUAAAUUAAAUCCAGUUACUGAAGAUGAAGACCUGUAUACAAUCUUCUCACGCUUUGGAACUGUGACAUCUGCUGAAAUUAUUAGGGACUUCAAGACUGGGGAUAGUCUCUGCUAUGCUUUCAUUGAGUUUGAGGACAAAGAGGCCUGUGAACAAGCAUAUUAUAAGAUGGAUAAUACUCUAAUUGAUGAUCGAAGAAUACAUGUUGAUUUCAGCCAGAGUGUUGCAAAGUUGUGGUCUCAAUAUCGACGCAAAGACCAUAUGGGUAAAGGAAGAGGUUGCUUCAAAUGUGGUUCUCUUGAUCACGUGGCUAAAGACUGCACUGGUGAUGCCACCAAACAGCAGUCGAACUACGUACUUAAAGAAGACAACAAGCAGCGUGGCGGAGAUGGUAACUCAAGGUAUGAAAUGGUAUUUGACGAAGAUGCUGUUGGAAGUCCUAAAGGAAAUAAGAGAGGAAGAUAUUAUGAAGAUGGGAAACAUCAUGAAAAUCACAAUCCUAAACAUAGGGUAUUGGAUGAUGAUGGAGUCCGGAAGGAUAGAAAAAGAGAUGGAUAUGAACGCCAUAGGCAGGAGGAGAGAAGUAAAGAUUACAGAACUGAAGAGAGGUUUCGUGGAAGUGGGACGAGAGCAAGUGUUGAGAAAGAGAGAGAUUAUAGGGGUCGAAACGAUCUGGAUUAUAGAAGAAACACUGAUUAUGAUAACCACAAAGCUGGGAGAGAGAGACCUGACCAUGAUAAGAGACAUGCGGAUAAAGUGAGGCAUGGAGAUAAGGGGAAUCGGAGGGAGAGGGAAAAGAGGGAUCACAAAGAUGAGGUGGAAUAUGGUGGUGGUCAUGCAGAUGAAGUUAGGUACAGAGACAAUAGGAAUGAGAGGGGCUAUGAAAAGAGGCAACAAGAUUCUCAGAAUAGAGGAAGCGGGGAAGAGCAAGAUAGAGGAAAGCGAGGAUUAGAUGGUGAUGGUACUCGAGCUCAUGAGCGUGAGCGUGAGCGUGAUCGGGGCAGAAGGAACUAACUCAGUGAAAAUCAUUCGCUAGAACCUGGAUAACAUAGCUAGAUCAUAAUAUUUCAAUGUAUUAUGUUUUUGUGCUCCAAUUCUUUAUUUGGUGUAUGUAACUUCUAUGAAUUAGUCUUGCAUAUAUCAAUGAUUUCUGUACGUCCAGGAGAUUUAUUGACUUUAAAGGCUCGCGAAAAGAGCUUAUUAAAGAACAAUGUUUUUGAAUGAAAAUCGGACGAACUGAAGUCUGGAGAUAAUUUCGUAAGUGUUAUAAUACAACAGAAGCAAGAAGCACACAAUCUCAGUUAUGUAAGUAUGUCAACAAUGAACCAAAUAUGUUCUUGUUUCUUACAUAAUUUUGUUUUUGAAAUCCUUAAGUUUCUCUGUAAGCUUUAAUUCUAUGAAAGAAACAGUUUUGAAUUGA